AUGUGCUCGCGACUGGAGGGGAUCAUUUCCAUGGACCAUCUGUCUCGCUGGCUGCCCACACAACAAAGAAGGACCCAGGAUGGUGUUAGUACAUGUUGGAUAUCUGGUUCUUCCCGUCUUUGGAUCAGUUAGAAAUAGAGUAUCGAGGCUGGCUCUACAUUCCGCAUUUCUCAGACCUUUGUCCCCCUCCAUUGUGUAGCUAACGAUCAUCUGCUGCUGUCUGCCGUAGCCUCUGCCUGUUCUCUGCAUCUAGCUGUAUUGUGAACCCCCUUCUUCCUCAUUUCCUCUUUCCAUCUGAAGACGACAUUGGCAUUAAAAACCGAGUUCCCACUCAUACCGUAUCCUUCUGUGUAACCGACUAAGGAAUAACACCUUCUGUAGAAAACAGUUUGUCUUUUUUUUGUCUUUUUUUUUUUUUUUUUUCAAACUGUCAUGUUGCUCUUCAGUGAAUAACCCAUUGUAGCGUUAGACUUUACUACAAACUGUCAUUGUGAUUCUCCCAUCCAGUGUGAAUAGACUACAUUCUGCUGUAAAUUCCUGUAAAGUGGAUACAUUUUGACCCCCCCCCCCCUCGAUUCGAUUACAGCCAGGCUUGAUCGAACUCUUUCAAUUUGAUCUUAUCCCCUAUUUGCACAAGGUGCAUUGUGCCAGCUUUUUGUUAUCAAAAGCACUUGUAUGAUCACUUCCUUCCCUAAAUAUGUAUGACUGCUAAUCCCGCUACCCUACCAUUCACCAAUUGGCCAGUACGCGUAGUUUGAGUGAUGCUGAUUUCACCUUUUUGAUGGUCCGCUGCACCUGGUGUAGCGGCGUCCAAGCGGGCGGCCAUAAUCCCAUCCGUGUGUGGAAAGCUUUUGUUCCCGCUAGCUGAAUUGAUUUAGUCAGCUGCAAUCAAUUGACUAGACUCCAGUCUAACUCAUCGUGCCAUUUGAAAAUCCCCCACUAUCAAUCACAGCUCCCCCCCCCCGACCCUCAGACACCUCCAGAAUGCUAUCCAUUUUACAGGGAUGUGUAUAUCCUGCACUGCUGUAGAACUCCUUUUUAAAAAAUGAAAAUGUCUUUUAUUCUUUGGUUGUGGUUUUCUACCUUAUGUUCUUGUAUUAGAUCCUAAUGCAUGGUCAUUUUAUACUUUUGUUUUUCCACAUUGAACAGCAGAUUCCAAUGAAAACAAACUUUGUGUAGAGAUGUCCCUGCUAUACUGAAAUGUGCUGUAAGCAUACACAUCUACUCAUUGGAUGCUGCUUCUGUUCUGUUAACCCUACAGAGAGCAUGGUCGGGCCUUGCCUUCGGUCUUUAUUUGCAUGCCUACUUCAUGUCCACUCACCAGUGAGCUAACGUUGGAACAACUCUUGAGCAAAUGGAUACAAUCCUCUUUCUAGGAGCACACUUCACCAGGCAGCAACACAGCCAUGCUACCUCCUGCCGACACUUUCACCUGGGCGCCCCCCAGGCCCCCAUCUCAGCCGAGUUCCCUCUGGGACACGCCAGCCAGCCGCCUCAGACCGGCCUCGCCCCCCACCUGCCCCCGGCGCACCACCCGCCCCUAACUGCCCUGCCCGCGGCCCCUCAGUUCCAGGACGUGCCGGGGCCUCCAUUCCUACCUCAGGCCUUACACCAGCAAUACCUCAUCCAGCAGCAGCUUCUGGAAGCGCAGCAUCGCAGGAUCCUCCCGCACUCCAGAAGAACCCAGGAGCGCCUCCCCCUGAACCCUCACCGACUGCGCUCAGGCUACGAGUUCCCCCCUCCCCUCCACGUCCCCCAGCAAAUGACCCAGCAGCAGCAGCGGUACCUGGCCGAAGGCACCGACUGGGAUCUCAGCGUAGAUGCCGGCCUCCCCCACCACCAGUACCAGCUCCAGCAGCUUCCACAGCACUAUCAGCAUUACCUGGCCUCCCCCCGCAUGCACCACUUCCCCAGGAACACGUCCUCUGCACAAGUGGUUGUGCAUGAAAUCCGAAACUACCCGUACCCUCAGCUGCACCUGUUGGCUCUGCAAAGCCUGAAUCCUUCGAGGCACGCCACCGCGGUGCGAGAAAGCUACGAGGAGCUGUUGCAGCUAGAGGACCGUCUGGGGAGUGUCAGUAGAGGAGCGAUCCAGACCACCAUAGAGCGAUUCACCUUUCCUCACAAAUACAAGAAGAGAAAGCCCCUGCUGCUGAAGAUCGGGGAAGAGGAGGAAACGGAUGUGGACGAGAAAUGCACCAUCUGUUUGUCCAUGCUGGAGGACGCAGAGGACGUCAGGAGAUUGCCCUGCAUGCACCUCUUCCACCAGGGCUGCGUGGACCAAUGGCUGGCCACCAGCAGGAAGUGUCCCAUCUGUCGAGUUGACAUCGAAACACAGCUGAACCCCGACAGCUGAUGAGAUUUUACACCCCCGCCCCCACCGACACCUCUCGUCAAUCACGCUCGCGUGAUUCCUGCUUUCUUCCACCCCUCUUCCUUCCCUCCUUCCCUCCUACACCAUACCCCCCCCCCUCCUCCGUUGGGUGCUUUGCCAAAUGUCUCCGGACUUCAUGUGACAUCACCACCCUUCUGACUCACGCUGUACUGAGCCAAGCCAGGAAAACUAACUGCAAGAGAGGCCAACUCUUUUUAAAUAAAAGCACAUCCUUCCAGAGGCAAAAGACACGCAGACACAAACACACACAUACUCACGUACACAGGGUUUACUCGUAGCUUGCUGGUCCUAAGUGGGGUGUUGUUGCUGUUGUGGUGUUGUACUGUAGGUAGUCCUGGGCUGUGUAGCAUGUCCUCAAAGCCAUGACUUAAUGUCCCGAGAGUGGAAAUAACACAUAACCCACACUGAGCUGGCUACUUUCUCUCUCUCUCUCUCUCUUUCUCUCUCUCUUUCUAUAUAUAAAUAUAUAUUUCUCUCUUUUUCAAACACAAUCAAAGUGAAUAUUCUGCCACAUACGAAAGCUUAACAAAUGCUCUGAUGCCAUGUUUACCUAAAGAUCAUUUGUGGUCGUAGUAGAGUAGCAGUAACCAACAAGUGAUAUCUGAUGCUCUGUCGCCUUCUUUUUUCUGGGCGGGGGGUCGUAGGUGGGCAAGCACCAGCUAGCUGAGUGUUUUGAAUCUAUCAUGCAGCUUUGACAUUUUGCAAUACAGUUGUAUAUUUACCUUUUUUGGUUGGUGUCACGUGAGAUGCUGUGGUGUGAGUAGGUCUCCUUCACCGAGCCCCGUGAUCGAGUCGUGGUGUAUUUUAAAAGUAGGUAGAAAGUCAUUUUUUUACCAAAAUGCACUUUUGUCACAGUGUAGCUUGAACCUGACGCGCGGGUUCACGUGUGUGGGCGAGCGGGCGUGCGUGCGUGUGUGUGUGUGUGAGUGUGUGUGCGCGUGCUCGUGUGUCUGUCCGCGUGCGCGCGCUCUGCCCUGCUGUGUGUGAUUUAAGGAAUGUGUGGCUGUUCAAAGAGUGUGUGUGUGUGUGUGUGUGUGUGUGUGUGUGUGUGUGUUUCAAGGGGGUUCGAAACAACACCCAGACGUUAGCCGCAUGGCCGCUGGAGCACUUACACAAAGCCAAAAAAAAAAAAAAGAGAACCAGGGAUGAUAAAUGGAAGUGCAGAGCAAGGUGGGAGGAAGACUCCCGAGUACCUGUCGCUCUUAAUCCGGCGCGCGGAAUGUUGUGUACUAAAAAAUAAAAUGCAUGUUUCAUUGUUGACUUGGGCUGUUAGCUUUUGGUAGCGUUUCUUCCAUUUUUUUUUUUUUUUUUUUUUUUUCUAAAAAAAAAAAAAAAGGUACAGAGAUGGCUUUGCAUGACUUAGUUAAUCUGAGCUGUGACUAUCUUCACAACACUAACAAACAAACAAACAAACAAACAAACAAACAAAAAAGAACCCUGCGUCGGUGGCUGCUCCCCUGACUCCCGGCGUGUGUUCAUCCCGUCUCCUUUGGUGGCAAUGACGGGUUCAAUGUUUACCUUAUUGCCUAAAGAACAAGCACAUGUGACAAUAGUCAUAGCAACACCCCCCCUUCCUCCCCCCCCCCCCCUCGGUAUUGCAUUAUUUUUAGGUAUAGAAUCAUGCAGUGUUUGAGCAGAGAGAGAGGAGCUUGCGUAUUGAUUUUGUGUAUUCGUGUGACAGACCUCCCCUCGUGGUUGCUAUGCUGGUUGCUAUGCUGUAUUGCUAGAACAUGUAGAACGUGGUGCGACGGAGGCAGCCUCCCUCUGGCAGUGCACACGGACACACCGACAAGGGGAAAACAUUCAGGCUGUUAACACCCAUGCCUUUUAGGACCCCCCCCCCCUCCUCCUCCCACACACUGUCCCGAGCACUACAACAGCAAAGGGCAAACCCUGGUGGGUUAAGGAUCAAUUAAUUGGGGGUUAGGGUUAUUAUUUGCCCCCUGUCCCGUGCACUGCCGGUGGCGAAGCUGCCUCCUCCUGUAGUGGAGUCAUCUGUGAUGAAGUUUUCAUAGUUUACACAGGGUGUUGUCAGUUGAGAUGCCUUAAGUAUUUAACAAUCAUAAUUUAUUACUAACUGUAGAUAUUGUGGGUAUGUAUUUAAUUUUAUAUAGUUUUUCGGGGGGUUGGGAGGGAAUUGGGUAUUGAAUCAUAAUUUAUUUAUUUAGAAAUAACACAAAAAUGCUAUGAAAAAAAAAAAACUAUUACCUCAUUUUUGCAUUGUUUUAAAUGGGAAUGCUUUGCAUGCAGUUGUACUUUUUGGAACACUAAAGUUAGAUGGAAAAAAAUAAUAAUCGAGCCCCGCUGUCUGAUCUCCACGAGCUGGCUGUGCGAUGUUUACUGUCCAAGGCUGAGCUACUGAGCCCGCUCUCCGCCUCUCUAACUCUCUCUCUCUAUCUCUAUCUCUCUCUCAUAUGUGGUGCUGUGGAUCUUGGUCACAUUCCAUUCAAUGCAAUUUCUCGGAUCCCCCAUGCUGUGAUGUAGUGGAUAAACUGCAAUGAAGUAAUUUCUUUUUGUUUUGCACUCAAAUAUGGGAACCCUCUCACUGGCAAAAAACAACAAAAAAUAAUUUAAUAUUACCAUUAAGAACUCUGGCUUUUAUUUUGUACGCUCUGCUUCUCACAAUGCACUAUGGGUCUUAAUAACGAUCAUCUGUGAAGCAUGUUUAACUCUUUGUGAUGACCUUUUGAUUUUCAUCUCUGGUGUUUCUCUUCAGUUUGUAGACUUUAAGCAUAACAAGUGCCUCGCUUUAAGUGUUAGGAGCUAUUUCCAUAUUACUGAAACCAUUGAUAACAAUCAAUCCAUGAAGCCGCCAUGCCUUAUUGGUUGCAUAAUUGAGUAGAAGAGUGAGUUGGGAAGGAGCUAAGAAAACAUUUGACCGUUUCUACAAAAGCCAUUGUCCUCAAAAUUGAAGUCAAACUGUCCAAAACUAGCUGUUGGUCUGUAGUGGAGCGUUGCAUGUUGUGGGGAUGGUUGUGACUACGAAGAGGCAUGUUUCACUGUGGCAUUUCCAAAUACUUCAGUAAUCCUUCUUUAAUUCUCUUUAACUUCUGAGACUUUCCACUUCUACUUUUUUAUUUUUAUUUGAUUUUACCGUCCAUCUCUCCUCUCAGAAUCUGUCCUCCAUUUCCUUUCACAGACUAAAAGGAAGACGAGGAUGUUAAAGCACAACCUUUUCUAAAAAUGCAUGCGUUUUCUCAGGUUUCAAUAUAGGCUCAAUGGUUGAAUAGUAUAUGGAGAAAAUAUAUACAAAGAAUAUAUCAGAAAAAAACAUAAUUUUGUUGCUUUUUGAAACUGAAAAACAAAACUGAAGAGAAAAUAUCCCAAAAAGUGCCAGUGAAAGGGCUGCCGCCAUCCUUGUAUGAAACUCUGCUGUUUAGCUGUGAAUGCGCAAUGUUUUUCAAUAUAGGAUAUUUUAUCUGAAAAUAGAACUAUUUAUCAUUCAUAUUAAAGCAAUAGCGCAUUAAUGGUGAUGUGUGUGUUGAUGAACAAAUGGAUGAGCAUAUUAUGGGUACAUGUUAGAAUCACAUGUGGUGGAAUUUUGUACUUUAUUACAAAAAAGUACUACUAAUAAUAAUGAUUUCAAACGUUGCAUUGCUAAACCCAAACUGUUCAGUUUUUUAAUUUUAAUUUUAUUUCAUGGCUUGUAUAUUAUCCUUUUGUAUGUGCUCUUUUUGUAAUAAAUUGGAUAAAAUGGA